CCCUUAUUCUUCUAUUUGGCAUCUGAACGUUUCUAUACCAUUAGACACAUUAAUUCAAAACCAUUGCUAUGAGUCAAACCGCAACUGCAUCACGGCUAGCGCAAUUAACGCAACUUUCUUGCAAAAUAUUCAACAAUGUAUAUAACCCGACAGCCGUCCGUACAGGCAACAAAAUUUUAAGAAGACGACUUUUGGGCCCAUCGUUAACAAGUUAUUACCCACAACGAUUAUUCCACUUUCGCGAUCUCAAGGCUCUGUAUCCUACUAUGGGACUCGUCGAUUUAGAUGAAAAGGAGCGUUUAGAAGAAAUUAAUAGACGAAAGAGAAGAGGAAAGGGCGCACCUAAGAAGGGUCAAGGUAAACGUGCUAGUAAUAAGAAGCGAUAAGGCUCUCAGCCGCUCGUCUAUUUUUCGUUCUUUUUUGUAAUGUCUGUAUAUAUAUAAAUGUGGAUGAUAUUGUUGAUGUACCUCGACUUGGUUGAAUGACACAAUCCUAUCUAUUCACCCCAUGGAUUAAAAUAAGCAGUGGAUUUUUUUAAUUAAAAGUAAAGACUUGUCAGCUGCCCGCACAGUGCAUUGAAAAGUUGCAAAACGUCGAGACGUGGGGGGCGUUCCUUUGAGACAUGACAAAGAUGAUAGGCAUGCGCUUUGAGAAAUGGCACACUGUAUCUAAGAGACAGGAUCUAUUCCUUUCGUUUUACGAGAAAACCAUUUGUGCGCCUCACCACACUUACAUUCUUGAG